CAGUGCUGAUCCUUGGUGCACAUUUCACGAUCUCUCGAGUGAUUGCAGAGAGGGAACUGGAAACUACCAAAGGUACUCGCCAAAGAGGGAGAGAGCACCUGGGGAAAACCAUUUCAAUAUGGCGGACGAACUAAAGGUUGGAUUUAUCGGAGGCGGAACCAUGGCAAGAGCAUUAGCCAAAGGAUUUAUAACGACAAACACCGUCAGAGCAAGUAACAUUAUCGCAAGUGCUACCACGGAAAAAACGCUGGCUGUCUGGAAGGAUAUGGGCUGUCAGACAACACUGAAUAAUGGGCAAGUUGUUGAAAAUUCAAAUGUGGUGUUUUUAGCAGUAAAACCUUACUUAAUAGUUCCUGUUGCAAAAGAGAUCAAGUCUUCCAUUGACACAUCUAGACACCUUGUUGUAUCAGUAGCUGCAGCCAUUACCACAGAUGUGAUUGAGGAGAGUUUACCACCAAACACUUGUGUCAUUCGAGCAAACCCAAAUUUGGCCUGUUCUGUGCAGUGUGGUGCUUUGGCAUUCUGUAAAGGAAGGUGCACAUCGGCAGCAGAUGUACAACUGAUAAAAAUACUUCUUCAAACUAGUGGUAUGUGUGUGGAAGUGAAAGAAUCUCAGAUGAAUGCAAUUACUGCUGUGGGUGGAAGUGCCCUGGCUUUUUUCUUCCUUGCCAUUGAGGCAAUGAGUGAUGGAGGUGUGAGGGUGGGUUUACCAAGAGCUUUGUCAACAGAUCUGGCCACUCAGACUGUUCUCGGAGCAGCACGGCUGGUACAGGAAACAGGAAAACAUCCAGCUCAGUUAAAAGAUGAAGUUUGUUCUCCGGGUGGAACGACGAUUGCUGGAAUUCAGACUUUGGAGAGAGCCGCAUUUAGAAGCUGCUUCAUUGAUGCCGUGGAUUCGACAACAAAACGAGCGGCGGAAAUUGCUGAAUUACAGAGAUCUAAAGGAAAAUGACGGACGAAUUGAUAUGUGGCUAAAACUGUUAAUAACUUAGAUCCAAAAGCUCUUUAUGAAGGACAAUAAAAUUUUAGAGUCAUGUAUACUUUUGUUGGAAAAUUAUGUGAUUAAGUGAUUUCUGAAAAGAGAUUCGCUUUAGAAACAUUUCUCGCACUUUUGUAGCUCGACUCGCGAAGGGAAAGCGCAAAUCGUGGGUUCUCGAAGACAAACCUAUUCGGAAAGCUUAUCAGUCCAUAAUGUAUAAGAAUGUGCAAUUCCACUUUAUUAUAAUAAACCCUUAAUAGUCCAUUGCUAUCAAUCUCGAUUUUCUUGAAAUGCACUUUCGAAAAGGAAACUAUCGGUGGCUAAAGUAGGUAAAAAAAUGGAUUCC